AUGCAGCACCUGUCAGUGUGCUGUCUGUGCGCGUUUUCAGGCAACAACAGUCGCGAGCACACUCCCCUCUGGGCACCUCACAAACAGACGUUCUGUUUUCGUAGUUCGCAGGCAACAAAACUCAUUAUACGACAGUGUGACUUUUUAUAUCGUUGUGGAGUUUCUGGGGGAAAAAACAUCGUUGUGUGUGAUUUGACUUGCUUUAGGACCAAGCGGAAGCGCCAACAGUAGGCGCUCUGAAACUUUAUAAAAGUGGUCGGGGCAGAAUGGAGAAAUCGGUCUGCAUGCAACGUCACGCUGGAGAGUUUAAACUGGACAAGAUGGCGGAAGACAGCGGGUUGAGGACUCGGAGUCGCUCGUCGAAGAACCGUAAAAGUAGACGAUUGGAACAAGUUUCAGGUGUGGAAGACGUCCCCAAGUUUAUACCGCAGCAAAUGCCCCAGACGUUUGUGAAUAACAAGAUGCGCCCCGUUGAUGGCAAUGCACCAUUGGCCUACAUUGAUGACGAGGAUGACGAUGAGGUGGUGAGGGUGAAGAAGAAGAAGGAGAAGAAGGUUCUAGUAAUCAAGGCGGAACCUCCAGCACCUCCCGUGGUGGAGCUGAUGCAGGAGGAGGAAGAACAAGAACCCGAAGUGGAGUUGGAACUGGAACCUGAACCCGAGCCGGAACCUGAACCUGAGCCGGAACCAGAAAGGGCGAGGCCGGUGCAGGUGGUGAUUGCCCAUGACGAUGACCACGGGUUCGAGUUGGACGCAGCGGCGCUGGAGAGCAUCCUGAUGCAGGAGCACGUGCGGGAUCUGAACGUGGUGGUGCUGUCGGUGGCCGGGGCCUUCCGCAAAGGCAAGUCCUUCCUCCUGGACUUCAUGCUGCGUUACAUGUACAACCAGGCAUCCUUCCCCAAAAAAAGAACACGAACGAAAUGGUCCUCCCCCGAAUGGUUGGGGGGCAACGAUGAGCCCCUGACUGGGUUCACCUGGAGAGGGGGCUGCGAGAGGGAGACCACAGGUAUACAGGUGUGGAGCGACGUCUUCGUAGUGGAGAAGAAGGACGGCAGCAAGGUGGCUGUGCUCCUGGUUGAUACUCAGGGAGCCUUUGACAGCCAGUCCACCAUCAAAGACUGUGCCACGGUGUUCGCUCUCAGCACAAUGACGAGCUCUGUCCAGGUGUAUAACCUGUCCCAGAAUAUUCAGGAAGAUGACUUGCAGCAUCUCCAGCUCUUCACAGAGUAUGGAAGACUGGCGCUGGAGCAGAUCCAUGACAAACCCUUUCAGAAACUGAUGUUCCUCAUUCGAGACUGGUGUUACCCUUACGAGCAUGACUAUGGCCUGGAGGGAGGGAACCGGUUCCUGGAGAGAAGACUUCAGGUGAAGCAGAACCAGCACGAGGAGCUGCAGAACGUCAGGAAGCAUAUCCACGCCUGCUUCUCUUCUAUUGGCUGCUUCCUGCUGCCCCAUCCUGGCCUCAGGGUCGCCACCAACCCACACUUCGACGGCCGGCUCAAAGACAUCAAUGAUGAGUUUAAGGAGGAGCUCCAGAAUCUGGUUCCGCUGCUGCUGGACCCUGAGAACCUGGUGGAGAAGGAGAUCAACGGAGCAAAGGUCACAUGCAGAGACCUGCUCGAGUACUUCAAGGCUUACAUCAAGAUAUACCAGGGGGAGGAGCUGCCACAUCCCAAGUCCAUGCUGCAGGCGACUGCAGAAGCCAACAACCUGACUGCUGUAGCCGGGGCCAAGGACUCCUACAGCAAAGGCAUGGAGCAGAUCUGCGGCGGCACCAAGCCCUACCUGGCACCCUCGGACCUGCAGCGCUGCCACGAGGAGCUGCGCGAGGCCUCGUUGAAGCAGUUCCGCAGCGUGAAGAAGAUGGGCGGCACGGAGUUCAGCCAGCGCUACCAGGACCAGCUGGAGGGCGAGCUGGACGAGCAGUACGCCAACUUCAUCAAGCACAACGACAGCAAGAACAUCUUCUACGCCGCGCGCACGCCCGCCACCCUCUUCGCCGUCAUGUUCGUCACCUACGUCAUCGCCACGGUGACGGGCUUCGUGGGGCUGUCGCUCAUCGCCAUGCUGGCCAACCUGGUGAUGGGCGUGUCGCUGAUGUCGCUGUGCGCCUGGGCCUACGUGCGCUACUCGGGCGAGUACCGCGAGGUGGCCGAGGUCAUAGACCUCACGGCGGAGGCGCUCUGGGAACAGGUCCUGAAGCCACUUACCGAACAAUAUAUGGAAGACAAUAUCCGACAGACUGUAGUGAACUCAAUAAGAGCCAGUUUAACAGAGUCAACGGUGAAUAAUCCAAGCACAAGGUUAAAAAGCAACUGACCCCGCUCCCAGCCGCCACCCCUCAUCCCUCAGAACACGCCCUCCACCCUCUAGCUGUCGGUCAGCGGUUUUAUGUGUGUUUUUGUUUAUGUAUGUGUGCGUGUGUAAGAGAGAGAGAGAGAAUGGAGCUCAUUUCAUAGUGAAACUAAAAACCAAAGUUUACACUCAACUCCUGAAGGAUAGUUUGUCUGGAGGAUAGUUGUCUGUUCCUGUUGACUUAUUUUAUCGGAUGCUGGCAAAAAAUCAGACUGACUUUCCGCACACAUGUAGCGACAGAGCCACACAUGCUGACUUCAUUCAUUCAGGUAGAAUGUUUUUGAUGUGGUGUUGGUCUGUUUAACUGACCCAUGUUUGACGUACAUGUUAGCAGUGCUCACACUGAAACGAGACUAUCCUGCUCUGCCAAGUGAUGUGUUAACGGUGCCAUGACAACCAAUUAUCUGAGCCUCUGAAAGGACCUCAGCGGUUUUUAUUUUGUUGCCUUCUUUUUGGUCUUAUUUUAAAAAGCCGCCUUGUGAACACGUGUGUAACGCACACUCGAACUGACAAACACACAGUGACUGACUCCCCAGAUGGAUGUGUACCAGCGAGACUUGACCAAUGACUUGUCUUGUCUUAGCAGCACGUAACACCUGGAUGCUCAGCUCUGUACAGCACCACACAAUCCAUCCUUUUACCAAGUCCCUAUAGCUCGAAAGCUCUCUGUUGUACAGCUCUUAGGAAAUCAUGUUAAUUUGUAUCAUAGAGAUGACGAAGCAUGUAUAUGAAUGUACAAAUACACAAUUUUUGUAUCAUUUUUUGUAGAUGACUGUAGAUUGAGUGUAAAGGUUGGUCUGGUUGUUUUUAAUGGUUCGGUGGAGGUGGAGACCAGUGUUGUCUUGUUUUUAUUUUCUCUUCUUGUCUGUUUAAGCUCCACCUCUGACCCCACCCCUCACCCCCAAAAGCUCCAAUCAGAUGUGGCUUUUUAACGAGCAUAGAGAGGAGCCUAUUGGUGGGUUAAGAGGAUCAGGUUUCAUCUGGCCUUUAAAAAGUUUCAUUCUGUAAUUUAUUUUUUAAAGAUGAUUAAAAUGCAUAUUUUAAAUUUUA